AUGCAAUCCGAGAUUGAGCAGGUCUGGGCCAUUCAAUCAGAAACUGUUGGUCAAGGUUCUGAGGGUUACGGAACUGGUGGUCUUUCGCAGAAAUUAACCAUUCAGGGAGAAGUCCCAGAAGAAACUUAUCAAGAAAUUGUACAAGAAACCGAAGUUUCCAAAGAAAUUAUGCAAGAUUUAGUUACUCAAUCAGAAGAAACUUAUCAAGAAAUUGUACAAGAUAAUAAUAAUUUAGAAAAUUUUGAAUGUCCUCCUCCAAUGCCAUUGUCCGAUUAUGAAAUGUUUUUAGAUGAAGAAACAACUUCGCAAUAUAUGGAUAAUUAUCUAUUUAGGAACGAAUGGGGAUGA